AUCUCGAUCGCCUCACUCCACUUGCACGCAAGCAACUGCGAUGCGCGCGCCCAUAUACACGUCCGUGCGCGUGAGCAGCUAGCCGAGCACUUCAUCUAACACUUCACUCGAUCUAUCUUUGCCUGGUUCGUGAUGGGGCUGUCUCGAGCGCUGUGGUUCUCGGCGGCCGUCGUCGCGGUCCUCGCGGCCGUGGCCGGCGCGCAGCUGUCCCCGGCGUUCUACAACGCGACGUGCCCCGCGCUGCCGUCCGUCGUGCGGCGCGGCAUGGCGCGGGCGGUCCGGAGGGAGCCGCGCAUGGGGGCCUCUAUCCUCCGCUUGUUCUUCCACGACUGCUUCGUCAAUGGGUGCGACGCCUCCGUUUUGCUGGACGACGUGCCCGGCAACUUCACAGGGGAGAAGAACGCGGGGCCCAACGCUAACUCGCUGCGCGGCUACGAGGUCAUCGACGCCAUCAAGGCGCAGGUCGAGGCCUCCUGCAAGGCCACCGUCUCCUGCGCCGACAUUCUCGCCCUCGCCGCCCGCGACGCCGUCAGCCUGCUUGGCGGGCCGAACUGGACGGUGCCGCUGGGGCGGCGUGACGCGCGUUUGACCAGCCAGGACGCAGCGAACACUAACCUGCCGCCGCCGGACGCGAGUCUCUCGUCGCUCCUGUCCAGGUUCAGCGCCAAGGGUCUCGACGCGCGCGACCUCACUGCGCUGUCCGGCGCGCACACCGUGGGUCAGGCCCGGUGCGUCGUCUUCCGCUCGCACAUCUACAACGACACCACCGUGAACGCCACUUUCGCCACGGAUCUCCGCGCCAGCGUCUGCCCGGCCACGGGCGGCGACGGCAACCUCGCGCCGCUGGAUCCGCAGGCGCCGAACGCCUUCGACAACGGCUACUUCCGGGACCUCAUCGCCCGACGCGUGCUGCUGCGGUCCGACCAGGAGCUGUACGGCGCCGCGGGCAACGGCACCACGGACGCGCUCGUGCGCGCGUACGCUGCCAACGCGACGGCCUUCGCGGCCGACUUCGCCGCGGCGAUGGUGAGGCUGGGCAACCUGAGCCCGCCCGCCGGGAAGAGCGGCGAGGUCCGGCUCAACUGCCGGCGAGUGAACUGAGCUGCACGCAGCACCAUUCCGAUCUGUCUGUUCUUUCCUUGUUGGUGACUUGGUGUACGUUUCACAGACGCAUAAUUAGAAGUACGUGACGUGAGGUCAUUUUCACGAGGAAAGAACACGCAGAUCGGAAUCGCUGAUGUUGCGCUGGAUUUUCUUCUCCUGCUUUCUAUCCAAGGGAACAGCUCAUCUGGCCAUCU